AUGUUUGGUCUCGCCCGCCCCACCAUCAACACCGCCAAGGCCUCCUUCGGCCAGCGCGGCUACGCCAAGGCCACCCUCAUCGGCCGUCUUGGCGGCAAGCCCGAGGUCCGCCAGGCCGGUAACGGCAAGAACUACGUGACCUACAACCUCGCCGUUCCCAAGCCGCCUAAGCGCAACGAGGAGGGCGAGGUCAUCCGUGACGAGAACGGCUACACCGUCCGUGACACCAACUGGUUCACUAUCUUCAACUUCCGCCCCACUGCCGCACAGUACAUGGCCAACCUUGAGCCCGGUACCCAGCUCAUGGUUGAGGCCACCCUCGAGACGCGCACCACGCCCACUGAGGCUGGCAACGUUAAGGACGUUCUCCUCCGUGAGAUCUCGCACCAGGUCGUCUCGCGCAAGAAGAACUAG